ACGAACAAGGGUGGCGAAAUGAAUGGCGGCAGUAAUGGCACCAACGGCAUAUCCAUGGGCGGCAUUGCCACACAUCAACCGGCAACGAGCGUCAAUUCUCUUAGCGGUGGCAUACAAAUGGCUGGCAUUGGUGGUCUUAGUGGCGGUGGCGGCGGUGGCGGCGGCGGCGGCGGCGGCUCUGGUUCGGGUUCCACCAUUAAUUCACUUAAUUUACAAGCAACGACGUCCUCCUCACAGCAUAAUACACCUGCUGCAACAUUAGCGAUAACCCAAGAUACCCACGAUCAUCAUACAUGAAAAAACGUGUCAAUUCCCUGCUCGUGAUAGGUAAAUCAUAUGUAAAUUAGUUAAAUAGAAAUAAAUUAAACGAAGAAAAUAUUGAAAAAAGAU